AUGGGGAUCCAGGCAGCUUACCACAAGCAUGUGAUCCAGUUUAUUAUAGUGGGCACAGAAAACUCCCUCUUCGACUAUUUUAUUGUGGAUUUUCUGGAUGAUGUUCAAGUGCUAUCCUAUGACAAACAUACUCAACUGCUCAAGGCCAAGGAGGACUGGGUGAUCCAGACCCUGGGAGCCAAGUUCAUAGCAAAGACCCAGCAGAAAUUGCUGGAUCAUGAGAAACGUUUCCUCUGGUUCCUGAAAAAGUUGAUGUUGAAUGAGACCAAGCAUGAUGGCCCAGUAUUCAUGUCAUUAUGUUAUCUUUUAACCUUCUCCCUCCCCCCACCAGUGAACCACACAGUGCAGAUUUUUGCAUUCUGUGAGAUUGAGAGUGACAGCCAUAUAAGAAAUGAAAUCCAGAUUGCUGUGGAUGGUCAUGAAUUUAGCGUCUUGGAUGGUGAGAUGGGCAUUUGGAUUGCCUUGAUGCCUGAGGCUCGGUCCUUUUUACCAAUUCUGACAAGUACUCUCUGGACCACUCAGAGGGAACACUACAUGCAAGAAUAUUGUAUUGAUACCAUGAAAAAAAUCCUGCAGCACUCAGUUAUAAAGAAAAAUGUGCCCCCUGAGGUAACUGUAUCCCAGUAUGAAACUGAGGAUGGAAUUACCACCCUGUCCUGCUCAGCUACUGGCUUCUAUCCCCGCUCUAUACUGUUGCACUGGCAGAAUGGGAAGAACAUAAUUAUGGCUGGAAAGCAGAGCUCCAGUGGUGUCUUGCCAAAUGCUGAUUCCACCUUCUAUCAACGAAUCACCAUCGAACUCUUACCAGAAGAUACGGGGACUGAUUAUGACUGUGUAGUGGACCAUAUUGAAUUGGGGCCACCAAAAGCAUAUCCCAUCCAAGUGAAGUAUCCUAAAAAGAGGUCUUGGACUGUGACCAUAACCAUCCUGAGUGUUGUGAUUCUGGUCUUGAGCUGUACUGCAUCCUUCAUCGUGUGGAAGAAAAUGAAAACAGGUGUGUAUAUGGAAAUCCAAGAGAUCUAG